AUGUCGCUCCCCGGCUCCCCAACGCUCCUUUCGCAGGGCUCUGGUGGCCCAACUCCCGUCGGGCUGUACCGGUCAGCCCCGGAGGGGCUCCACACCUCCAGCGCGUCCACCGGCACCUCCAGCCCGGCGCACACCAUUUCCAACUCCCACUCCCACUCGCUGUCCCCGUCCCCGCGGCUCACCAGCAGCAUGCUCAGCGCGUUCCUGCCCGGGCCGGGGGGCGCACUGGCCGGUCUGGGGAACGGAGGGGCCGCCCCUCUGGUGUCCGCAGGCGGCGCUGCCCUGGGCUCCCUCGGCGGGCUGGGCUCCCUCAGCGCGGCCGGCCUGACCCCCGGCUCCCCGGGCUUGGUGCAGACAACCUCCAGCCCGGGUCUGUGCAGCGAGUGCAAGCUGGUGGAGGUGCACGGGGUGAAGGUGGCCAGCUUCAGCGUGGACGGCCAGGAGCUGAUCUGCCUGCCGCAGGUGUUCGACCUCUUCCUGAAGCACCUGGUGGGCGGGCUGCACACCGUCUACACCAAGCUGAAGAGGCUGGACAUCGCGCCGGUGGUGUGCACCGUGGAGCAGGUGCGCGUCCUGCGGGGCCUCGGCGCCAUCCAGCCCGGCGUCAACCGCUGCAAGCUCAUCUCCAGGAAGGACUUCGAGACCCUGUACCAGGACUGCACCAGCGCCAGGUCGAGUGAAUUGUUCAGAGAACACAGCCACUGUCCUGAUAGGAAUCUGAAGCGCGCAGGUGUCGGGGCCUCGGUGGGAACCCGGGCCGUCCUCCGGCUUAUGUUUGCAUCAGAGACGAUGAUAGAUGGGCGGCGUUGGCUGGCGGGGCGUCUCACUUUCGGCUAA